CCUUCUAUCUCCGCCGCUCCCUUCCAGAGACGCGAAGUGAAGCGAUAUUGAAGAGGGAGAUGGAUCUCCUCCGUGGAGCUUACGGCGCUGCCUCCGACGAGGAGGAGGAGGAGGGGCGACGAAACUCCUCCGAUCGCUUCUCUAAGAGGCACCGCCCAUUGCCGGUAGCUCCUCCAUUACCAGGCUGCUACGUCUCGAAGAGACAGCGGGCAGCGAUGGCGGCGACGACGGCUGCUCAGACCUUGUCCAGUUCUCAGACCUCGGCCGUUCCUUCCCCUGUUGUCUCAUCAUCUGGCAGUAUUUCAGAUGCUGAUCUGCCUCCACUGAUUUUGUCUUCAUCGAGACGCAAAGGAAAUUUUCAUGCUAAUCAAACUAAAAUUCCAGAAAGAUGCUCAGUUUAUCUAACUGGCCAUUCAAAAGCUGUCAAUGCCAUACACUGGUGUCCUACAACAGCACAUCUUCUUGCUUCUGCUGGAAUGGAUCAGACUAUCUGUGUAUGGAAUGUCUGGACGAGAGGUCAGAAGAAGGUGCGCACUUUCCAUGGACACAAUGCUGCAGUCAUGGAUGUGAGGUGGUCCCAGCAUGGACUGUAUCUCCUAACAUGUGGUUAUGAUAGCAGAUCAAGAUUUUUUGAUGUUGAGAAGGGGGUGGAAAUUCAGCAUUUUGAGGAGGACCAAAUUGUGAGAGUUGUUCGAUUCCACCCUGAGAACUCAAAUCUUUUCUUGUCUGGUGGUUCAAAUGGUAGUUUGCGGCUUUGGGACAUAAGAGUCAACAAGGUAGUGAAGGAAUAUGUCAGGAAACUUGGGCCUAUCCUGGAUAUUGACAUUAGUGUCAAUGGCAAGCAAUUUAUUUCCUCCAGCAAUGUCUCAAAAGAUAACGCGAGUGAGAACUCUGUAAUUGUUUGGGACAUAGCACGUCAGGUUCCUCUUUCCUAUCAGGUUUAUGUGGAAGCAUACACAUGCACAAGUGUCAGGUAUCAUCCAUUUGAUCCUUGCUUUGUUGCUCAAUCAAAUGGAAAUUAUGUUGCCAUUUUUUCAUCCAUGCCACCUUUCAAACUAGACAAGUACAGGAGGUAUGAAAAGCAUGGAGUAGCUGGCUUCCCAGUCAAGUGUAAUUUCAACUUGAGUGGGGAUAUACUUAUUUCAGGAUCAUCAGAUGGUUGUGUAUACUUUUAUGACUAUAAAUCCACUAAUCUUUUAAGAAAGAUGAAAGCAUAUGACGAUGCAUGCUUAGAUGUUGCAUGUCAUCCAGUCAUGCCUAAUGUUCUCGCCACAUCAAGUUGGAAUGGUGAUGUUUUGGUGUUUGAAUGAGAUUGGGAAUGGCAAUUUUCAAAGUUAUGAAGAAUCAGGUCUUAUUCUCCAGGCAUGGGAUGGUUGGAUUUGCCAAUUGUCAUCUUAUGAACUUGCAUAGCACAGGCAUGUAUAUACAACAGAAAGCGGUGCAUUGUCAGUUAAUGCUUUAUAAAAAUGGAUAUUGCAUCUUCCA